CGGUCCUGUCGUCUGCAGCAAAACGUGGAGGAUUCCUCCCUCCAAGCGGCGAUGGGACGCGCGUGCAGCCUGGGGCUGAGGCAGCUGACCUUUCUGUUGACCCUUGUCUCGUUGGGCAGCGUUGCCAGCGCAACCGGCCACACUCAAGACCACAUCAAGCUUCACCUGUACGAAGUGCCAGCUCCCGACACCUGGCCAGUGACACUUCAGUGUGACGUGGAGCAGCCAAGUGCGCACCCCGCCCCUGCUCUAGGCCGCACUGGUCACAGCAGGACAGUCACGUGGGUCACACCACCAACGGCACCAAUCCUGUCCGUGACGUCACGGGCAUCAGUACGUCUGACGUGACUGAAACAUCCCAGGUACACUUUGGAAUUUCCACGGGAGACAACGUUAGCUAUCAAGUGCAGACCAAUUCACUCCGGAUUACCUCCCGUGUGAGAAUUCUUCAGCCAGCAGAGCCUCGACGAGGAGAGAUAUGUGUGUUCGGUAGUCUGUGGACUCGACACUUACAUUGUCAGCUGCACAGUCAUCGCCUUGUCACAGAACAACCGCACGGUCCUGUGUUCGCAGGAGAAAUUUCUGGAUCUUGACGUCGGGAGUACAGACCAUGGAGAGCAGGGGAACACGACUCUGAGACACUCAGCUCGACCAGCAACGUCAUCGAGAACAACCGAGCGAUUGUCAGGCUUGGAUGACGAGGAGAAAACAGGCCCGUCCGUCGUCACCAUCGUCUGGUUCACCUUAGCCGUCAUCUUCUUCAUCUCGUUCCUCAUGGUCAUCCGCUGGUCACUCAAGCACGGCCAGACCCUCAAGGACCUCAACCGCCGCUACUUUCGCCACGUGACGCGGUUCCUCGGUUUACGUUGCGCUCACGGCGAUCAAACGAGCGACGUUAACCACCCGAGUUCUGAACAACACUGCAACCACAGGUCCUACGUAGUGCAUCCUGUUUCAUCGCCGUCCUCCCAAGAUGAAACCAACGACGAAAGUGGUGUCUUGCUAGAAGGAUAUAUGUCGGAAGUCGCGGCUGUUUCCGGAAAUUCCCGACAUCCCGCGGCGUCGACGUGGGCUUUACGUCAUGUCUACGCGUCACGUGACGCUUCCAGCAUGGUCAGAUGCUCGGAAUGGUCUCGGCAAACACCAACUCUAAGCCGGACCAUAGGUGGCAGUGCGCAAGCGUCGGUCGUCGACGUGGUCGUCUCUUUCGACGAGCUGGUGGCGCCCUCACAGCCGCUGCUCCUGAGGCCCGCGGUGCCUUGCGGACAUGGUGACGUCAUUGUUCAAGAACUGUCCAAUGGGGACAGGCUUAUUUAUAUCCCCGUGGUCUCGCUGCCCUCGUACGAUGAUGUCAUGACGGAAUCUCGGCGAGAAGCGCGAGAAGGUUUGAGUUCACUCACAGACUCACCGAGUCACCCGACGUCUUCCGCCUCCAGGGGCGAAGAAUCGUCAUCAUCUUUGUCGUCUACGUCAUCGCUGUCUAGAGGCGAGAGCUUCGAGUUAAUGGAGACGUUGGACACCCGCGUACCGAGCGUCUUUCUGCAGCGCCCCCUACCCGUCUAUUCGCCACGUUUGCCUCCCCCGCCAUACAUGGUGUGUGACACCGGAAGGGAGGAAGCACUGGCCUCGUCGGGUAAUUUACAGACGCCAGGUUCGGAGGAGGCGUCGGUCGUGUCGGGAAACUGUCGAGACUGGAGCAGGCCACCCAGCUACGUCAGCAUCCUGGAUGUGGAGGAUGCCUGCACUGCCUCCGCCGCAGUGCCCACAGUGGAGCGCCAGGGGGCAGAGUGCGAGGUGUGACGUUACUCAUUAACGUGUCGGUUAUAUUCUGUUGGUCAGCGUUGGCUGGCACAACGACUACCCGCUUGUCACAUAUACUGAGAAUCGUGGGUCGUGGGUUUCAGUUCUCACCUCGGUUCUCUUAAUUUUUUUCUGGACUUCGCAACUGUGCUUUAACUCAACUUCAUGAUAUAGUUUCUGACUUAACGGUUAUGAUGAGAAAAUUUAAUUGAGACACCCAACGCAACUGUUCCUUUUGUAACAUGAGCCAUUGUGUUUAUAUUAUUUAUUUAUAUUGUAUAUUCAACCAAACAUGCAAGUCAACGGGGAUAGGCUCACACGCAGGGUUUGAACGUGAGGGCGUAUGUGAGAUGACCCUUUCACUAAAAGCUACACUAAACUCUCCUGAUAUUUAGAAACAAACCAAACACAGACAAGGAUUAUAAUCUGUCUUUUUCAGCCAUAAAUCAUAACACCUUAUUUGUUCUCUGGAAGUUAAUAAUGUGACGAGUAAUAACUUGACCCAGUAAACCCAACACUAAUCAGGAAA